CACGUAAUUAUAUAACGUAGUUCCCAAAUCGAAAAUAAAUGUACUGGCGCUAGCGUACGGACGAUUUUGACGAAAAACGCCAGGAUGACUGCUCAGGCUGCUCUGAGGUUUCUGCAGUAAUAAUUGGACUCUGAAUUGGAUUUCAUCUCUGAUUGUAUCUGUUGCAUGAUUCUCAAUAAAAUUAGUAUAGAAAUUAAUAUUUGAUCACGAUAAAAGUCACAAUGAAACGAUCAGUGGAUAAAAAGUACUAUGGAAAGACACCAAUUGGUAAGAGACACUCUGAAAAGGUGCCAGUUAAAAAAGAAAUAUUAAUGAAACAUUCUAGAGGUCCUGGACUUGAGUUAAAUAGAAAGGCGAGUAUAAUAAAAAACAAAAUACUAAAAAAGAAAUUAAAGCAGAAAGAGCAAGCUAUAGAAGAACAGAUAGAAGCUUCUGCUCGGACAGAACUAUUAUUGACAGAGGAGCAUGGCUACUUGGAAGCAGAACCUGGAGAAGUUACUACUCAGUAUCGACAGAAACAAAUAGCAGAGAAUGUGGACAUAACGAGCGCGGCUAAACGUUUCAAACUGGAUUUGCAAUUUGGCCCAUACUGCUUUAGAUAUACCAGAAAUGGUAGACACUUGCUCUUGGGUGGGAAACAAGGUCAUGUGGCAGCUUUCGACUGGGUGACGAAGAAGCUGGCCUGUGAAAUAAAUGUGAUGGAAUCUGUGCAUGAUGUUGCAUGGCUACAUCUGGAAACUAUGUUUGCAGUAGCGCAAAAAGACUGGGUUUAUGUAUAUGAUAAUCAGGGAAUAGAAUUACAUUGCUUGAAAAGAAUGAAUGGUGUAACAAGAUUAGAAUUUUUGCCAUAUCAUUUUUUACUUGCCAGUGGAUCGAAGGAUGGUCACAUGGCUUGGUUGGAUAUUUCUAUAGGCAAGCUAAUUGCUCGUUAUAAUUCUAAUUUGGGCAGAAUAUCUGUGAUGACACAAAAUCCAAGUAAUGCAGUGCUAUGUGUGGGUAACUCGAAAGGAAUAGUAUCUAUGUGGUCUCCAAACUCUCAUAAACCAUUGGCAAAAAUGCUUUGCCAUCAUCAGUCAGUUAUGACUUGCACUGUUCAUCCAUAUGGGACUUACAUGGCAACUAGCUCUCUAGAUAAAUCUGUGAAGAUAUGGGAUAUUAGGCAGUUAACAGGACCAGUGAGUCACUUGUACCUACGUUCACCCGCUCAUCGUAUGUCUUACAGUCAGCGCGGUUUGCUUGCACUUGGAAUGGGGAAUGUAGUUGAAGUUUAUAGAGAAACUUUUGGUGACUUCAAGCCAUAUUUGCGACAUAGAACUGCUCGCAAUGUGAACUGUGUAAGGUUUUGUCCCUAUGAAGAUUUCUUGGGAAUUUCAACAGCUAAUGAAUUUUCGUCACUUUUGGUGCCAGGAAGUGCGGAAGCAAAUUACGAUGCGCAUGAAGUUAAUCCAUUCCAGACUAAAAUUCAAAGACGAGAGACGGAAGUGAAAGCACUUUUAGAAAAAAUACAACCUGAAUUAAUUACGCUAGAUUCGACUGAAAUACUUGAAGUUGAUGUACCUACGUAUAAAGAAAAAGUGGAAGCAAAGAAAAAACUUUUGUAUAUUAAGCCAAAACCGAUAAAUUUUGAAUCUCGACGAACAAAAGCUAAGGGAAAAGGUGGCACUGCAAAAAUAAUAAAAACUAAAAAAAUAUUGAAAGACUUAAAUCGUCGGGAAAUGAUUGAAGCGCUUCGUGAAGAACAGAAAGAAACAGUAACAAAAAAAACAGAGAAUCAAAAUAAAGAUUAUGGUGUAUUAAAUAGAUUUGUUUCGAAAAAAUAG